CAAUGCAGCAAGCAGGACAAAGAGACACAGUCUCGCGCGCGCCGUGACUCGUCCCUUUCCUUCUGCCAUUCACUACACAUAUACAGGGCACGACUACGACGAACUCACAACCACCGUACCCGAUCGACCUCCCAGCGUUUCUUUCGUUCUGAUCGUAGCGGCAACGCAAGCAAAUGGAGGCGGCGGGCGUCGGAGAGCACGAGACGUGGGAGCCGCUGUUUUGGACCGCACGGUGCAGCCCCGCCACCUCGUCGGCGGGCUCCGUGCAGGACGAGCUGGACGACCGGAGCGCCGCGGCCGAGCACAAGGUGUUCGUCGCGGUGCCCGAAGAGGUCAGCGACGGGAGGAGCACCUUGCUGUGGGCGCUGCACAAUUUGGUCAGGGAGGGAUCCGAGAUUGUCAUAGCUCAUGUGCACAGCCCUGUGCCAGCGAUCGCCCAGAGUAAGCUUAAUUAUAGGAUCAAAAUAAAGUGGUUUAAACACAUUUGUUUAAAUUCUAUAUCAUAACUGCUAGUAGUUCUAGUCCAAGACUUUUUAGAGCUUGGGGGAAAAAAACUGAGAGAUGGCUCAUCAAAGGCCCUGUUAAUUGGCACCACAAAUGAUGUAGAUUUGCAAAUUAGCUGUGUUUUCCAGA